AAUAAUUAAAGGAAGGAAGAAGAAGCCAGAAAGAAAGGGAAGAACAUUAAUAAGAAUGUCUGCUAACAAAGAUAACAAUGGAGAGACUGGUACUGAUGCUGUAUACAUUAGGAACCAGUUUGAGUAUGAUAGGAUGCAGUCAAUACAUGAAGAUAUUGUUGCUAUUGAGAGAUUCCAUGAGAUGAAGGACUCAAGGGUAGACACCAUCAUCUAUACUGUGUUUGUUUUUGAGGCAUUAGUAACAGGAUUUCUAGCUGGGAUGAUCACUGAACACUAUUACAUUGUACACUCAAUUAAAGUUCUAGUCCUCCUACCAUUGAGGUGGUAUGUGUUCAAACAAAUUGGUAAACAUUAUUUCAUGCUAGAGCUCUGCACAUGGAUACACAUACUCAUCAUGUUCUACAUAUGGUCCCCAUGGAAACCUCCUGGGAUGUUCCCUGCUCUGUUCCUCUUUGCUCAUGGUCCUUUGAUAUGGUCAGUCUAUUACUGGAGGAAUGCAUUUGUACCUCAUUCAUCAGAGAAGAUGUGUACACUGUUCAUUCAUAUAGCACCAGCAUUGGUCACUUGGAGCAUCAGGUGGUACAGUACCCCAGAUCAAGGGUUUGACUUGUGUGCUAAUCCAACAGAGCCUGGAGUUAAUGGAUGUAACAGCAUUGGUUGGGAUGAACUGCUACUCUAUCCAUUUAUAAUAUAUGGAAUAUGGAUGUCAUACUAUGUACUAAUAGUGUUCUAUUGGAAGGAAAAGAUUAUAAAGGAGAAGAAAUACAUGACAGCAUUCACAAUAAUGUCACAAGAGAAGAAGAGAGGUGCUAUCUAUACUGUUACUAAUUGUCUGGGACCAAAGUAUCAGAAACAAAUGUACUUUUCUGCUUAUACACUAGGAGCUGCGUUCUAUAUAGUAAUGGCAUACUUGUGCUUUAUAUCGUUAGUGUAUAAUUACAUUUUCUUUCUGGGGUUUGUGCUGGUUGCCAGUUACAAUGGAGCUACUUUCUAUAUCAAGGUUGUUGGGAAAGAAUAUUAUAAAAGUGAAGAAAAGAAAAGUGAAUAAUUGAACAACUUGCAAGACAUUCACAUUGACAAUACUUCUUUUACAAUAUGAUAAUACUUAAGUUAGUUAACAUACACACGUACAAAUUUGUAAUAGAAGUGAGCUGAUACAUAAAAAACUGUUACAUGUGA